AUGGCCUCUGUAGUUACGCAGACGCCUGCCCGGCCUGUUCCCGGCAUCUGGCCUCAGACUCCCGCCGCGCGCCCUCCAGCAAUACCUGCUCCCUCCUUCCAGUCUCCCUCGACUCCACGUCCUGCCCUCGUACCUUCGCAGUCCUCGACCAACCUCAUCACCGCAAAUCCCUCCGAUGCGCCCAUCCAAGCGUCGAUGCGCCCGCCCGAGGCGCUGGAACCCGUCGAAAGAGCUGCGCGCACAAUCAAUGAAUCCCUCGUCAGUGAAUCGCGGUUCCCAGAGGUCGACAGUUACCUGUCUCAGGGCUACUCGGCCGACUAUGAAAUUCAGUCAUCGCCGACGUGGGCGCCCUUUCAGAGAGCCGGCUUCUACCGCAUUCCCGAUGAGAUCUUCGAGCAGUACAACAAUGCGCAGUUGACCACUAGCAUGGGGCUGUUUGCGGAGUUGAGGUAUGCGUGGACGACAAUCGACAAUGCCUUGUACAUGUGGGAUUACUCUGCACCAAGGCCUGAAUUACUGGGGUUCGAGGGACAGUCGCACAGCAUCCUUGCCGUCAAGCUCGCCGUCCCUCGCGCGGGGGUGUUUCUGCCCAACAUCAAACACGUCAUUGCCAUUGCAACCACUGCAGACAUAUUUCUGCUGGGACUCGGGACGGAGUCGGCUCCGGGCAGCUCGUCUGCUCUGUCUCUCUUCCAAACUGGUAUGUCGGUCUCAGUCAGAGGUCUCGACGUCAGCGUCAUCGCUUCCUCGGCAAAAACGGGGAGGAUAUUCUUUGGUGGCCGGACGGACAACGACAUCUAUGAAGUUACGUAUCAGCAAGAGGAUCGGUGGUUUGCAAGUCGAUGCGCGAAGAUUUGUCACACUAGUGGUGCUGCCAAAUCUUUGACGUGGACGUUUAGCAGCUUUGCCCACGGACAGAGGGAGCAUGUGGAACAGAUCGUGGUGGAUGACAGCAGAGACCUGCUUUACACGCUGUCUUCCGCGUCGAAUAUUCGCGUGUUCCACAUCAAGCCGGAAGGCGGCCUGCCUCUGUUGGUCACGAAACCGGCAUCCGAGAUCUACGACAACAUUGGCCACAUCAUUAACCAGAGCGAGUCCCUCAACAGCCGAGUCAAGAUUGUAUCCAUAUCAGCUCUUCCAGCUUCGGAAGCGUCGAGGUAUUCCCUGGUAGCCAUUACGGCCAGUGGGUACCGGAUAUACCUCAGUGCCAAAAGCGCCACCUACAGCUACGGGUCUUCAGCUAGGUCCGGCGCGCCCAUCAGUGUACAGGCUCAACAUGUCAAGAUACCGCCAGUGUCCCCCAAUCCCGGUCACUCGAACACAUGGGGACCUGAUUCGUCCGGCGACAUCCAUCAACCUAUCAAGACGUUGACGACCACUCGACUCGCUGCACGGUACCCGCCUGGCUACUUCUUUUGCUUUACGGCCAGGGACGCCAAUUCACCUACCGACCAGUUAUUUAUUUCAGCCCCCGACGCCGGAAGACUCCUGAGGAGUUCGGAACCUGGUCAGACAAGUCGAACUGCCGAAUCUGCAAUAUGGCUCUCGCUGGGCAGUCGCGCGGAGGACAUAGGGUUGGUGACCCCGUACUCUGCUCCAAGUUCAAAUCCCGUCGGCUAUGGGAACGACUUGGCUGUCCAAUUCGACAAGCCCAUUCCAGAAAUUGCCAUCUUGACGAAUACCGGCAUCCACAUCAUCCGAAGGCGCCGCUUGGUGGACAUUUUUGCGGCGCUAAGCAGUCAAGGUGGUGGUCCCGAAGGAUUUCAGCACGAGGUCAGCAACUUGAUCCGGGCCUAUGGUCGGACGGAGACUCUGGCGACAGCACUUGCGGUGGCAUGUGGUCAAGGAGUCGAAGACACAGGCAGUGCUCAGUCCGUACGGGUUAACGACCCAGAAGUCCUCGAGCUUGCCCGCAAGACCUUUAUCGAGUACGGUGGUAAACCAAGCAUCAAUCAAAACUCCAUCACGGAUAGGUCUGUCCCCUUGAUCGAUGCUGUACGACCGUCGCCGCGCCACGCCGCCAUUGCCUUGUACCUUUCGCGCUUGUUGAGGUCGACGUGGAAGAAUGUGAUUGCUGUGGCGUCGACAUCACCGGCCGGCUACCAGAUCAAUCCUGCGGUGCCUCUCAGAAAGUUAAGGGACGUUCAAGAGUCUCUGUCUGCACUGCAACGCUUCUUCCAGACGAACAAGAGUUUCAUCAAAGGUCUGAGUGGGCCGGAUGAUCUUUCAGCAACAAGCACCAAGGACGACGAGAUCGCUCUGCAAGGAGAACACCGUGCCUUGCAUUCGUUGGUCAAGUUUACAUCCGACACUAUUGAAGGUCUCUCGUUUAUUCUGGUCUUAUUCGAAGAGAAGGUCGCGGAGAUAGUACCCCUGCUGCCCGAGGCUUCGAGACCGGAGAUGCUGAAGCUGACUUUUGAGGAGCUCUUCACGACGAAGAAGGGCUACGAGCUUGCCAAGGAGCUCGUCAAAGCUAUUGUGAAUCGCAACAUCGCCAAAGGGUCGAAUGUGGAGACGGUGGCCGAAGCUCUGCGCAGAAAAUGUGGCAGCUUCUGCAGCGCGGACGAUGUGGUGAUUUUCAAAGCACAAGAACAACUCAGGCGGGCGGCCGAAGCAGGGGCCAACAAUGACUCUUCGCGGAAUCUUCUCAAUGAAAGCUUGAAGCUUUUUGAGAAAGUGGCUCACAGCUUGCCCCAUGACUAUUUGGAGUCGGCGGUGAAACAAUACACAGAUCUGCAGUUCUUUGCUGGGGCCAUUCAACUUGUUCUUCGGGUCGCUCACGAAAAGGACAAGGCGAACGAGGCCUUGUCCUGGAUGGCAGAAGGUCGACCGGAGCCAGACCCUCGGAAAGCCAAGUUCGAUCUCAGAAGCCAGUGCUACGACCUGAUCCACGCGAUCAUUGUGGCCGUGGACAAGACCACAGAGCACGGCCCGAGUUUUGUGGAUGGUCACCCAACGCUGGCUACCACCAGACGGAACGAAGCAUACGAUGUCAUCAGCCGGGCCAAGGAUGAGGCGUUUUUGACCAAUCUCUACGACUGGUAUCUCCGACAGGGAUGGUACGAUCGCCUGCUCGCGACCGAGUCUCCGUUCAUCGUGACGUACCUCCAACGCAAGUCCAGUGAGGACAUUCUGUACGCGGAUCUGCUCUGGAAAUACUACAGCCAGACGAAUCAAUUUUCCGAGGCGGCCAAGAUUCAAUUGCAACUUGCCCGAAGCUCGUUCCCACUCUCGCUCGAAAAGAGGAUGGAGUAUCUGAGCCGCGCGAGAACCAAUGCCUCCACUUACACGCCAGGGGGCAACCGGAAGACGAAACAGCAGCUCCUCCAAGAAAUCAACGAACUCCUCGACAUCGCGACCAUACAAGAUGAAGUUCUCCAGCGCCUGCGGGACGACUAUCGACUGGGGCCGGAUCGGAGACAAGAAGUGCUCGAUCAGGUCAAUGGACAGAUCUUGGACAUCAACACGCUGUUCAACAACUACGCCGACAACGCCGGGUACUAUGACCUGUGUCUCUUGAUCUACCAAGUGGCGGAUCACCGGGACCCGGCCCAGAUCAAGCAAACAUGGCAACAGCUCCUCCAGUCGGUGCACGACAAAGUGCAGGAAGAAGCGCAGAUUGAACCCUUUGAAGCCAUUGCCGACGAAGUGCGAAGUCUGGGCAGCAAACUGCGCGUCUCGGAGACGACGUUCCCGGUUCAGACGUUGCUGCCGAUCCUGGAGAAAUACUCGUACGAACACCAACGCAACGUGGCGCCGCCGCACUGGGUGGUUGACAUCUUUCUGUCCCUGGAGAUCCCCUGUGAGCGGCUUUUUGAGAUCUUGGAGAUGAUGUUCUUCGCGGCGGAUCCUCCGUUUGUGGGAUCGAACCGAAAGUACAUCGCCUCGGAGUUGGUUUACGUGGUGGGCCGAUGGUUCCACGAUUCCACCCGAGCCGGGUCUGUGAUCUUUGGAAGUGAGGUGGCGGCGGUGAGGGUGCAGGAGACGAUGCAGGUCUUGCUACAGCAGGGCAGAGCGGCGGGACUGGACGAGGAAACCACGAGGGUGGCCAGGGAGGUUGUCGAGAGAGUCGGGCGACUUUUGGGGUGA